UGUAACCGGAUGUUGCGUGUAAUCUUGCUACAAACAACCAUACAGGCUGGUGAUGACCAUGACCAAAUAAUAGUAUUUUCUAGAAACAAGCGAACAAAUAGCUAAGAUUUCUAUAGCUAUACUCAACUGAAAGGAAAGGGAGAAUUCUGAAGAGCCAGGUUGUACGGUUUGGAAAGCACUCUCCAAAUCAUGGUGGAGUAUUACCAUAUUUUAGGAGUGCAAAGAAAUGCAUCUCAGGAGGACAUAAAGAAAGCAUACAGAAAAUUGGCCCUGAAAUGGCACCCAGAUAAAAACCCAGAGAAUAAGGAGGAGGCAGAGAAGAAGUUCAAAGAACUGUCUGAGGCCUAUGAAGUUCUGUCAGAUGCCAACAAGAAAAGCUUGUACGACCGCCAUGGAAAGGCAGGACUCAAUGGGAACAUUGAUGGAGGCGGAGGGCAUUAUCACAAUGGCGACCACUUUAACACAGGGUUCCAAUUCCGGAACCCUGAGGAUGUCUUCAGGGAGUUCUUUGGAGGGCGAGAUCCGUUUGCAGAUUUCUUUGGCAGGGACCCGUUUGGUGAUGAGUUUUUCGGUGGAGGUCGGAGGCACCAUAGGGGGGUGAGCCGGAGCCGGACUGGGGGGCCCUUCUUUGGAGGGUUUGGUGGGUUUCCUCCAUUCGGUGCCGGCUUUGCCCCCUUCGACCCAGGCUUCACACCGUUUGGACACCUGGGUCACAUGGGCUCCAUGGGUCAUAUGAGUCACAUGGGUCACCUGGGAGGUGGUAGCGGCGGUGGCGGCGGCGGCUUCACCUCUUUCUCCUCCAGCUCGUUUGGGGGUGGGGGCGGAGGAGGAGGCGUCAGUAGUAUGGGAAACUUCCGCUCCGUGUCCACCUCAACCAAGUUCAUCAAUGGCAGGAAGAUCACCACUAAGAGAAUCGUGGAGAAUGGACAGGAGCGAGUGGAAGUGGAGGAAGAUGGACAGUUAAGAUCUUUAACCAUCAAUGGCCAGCCCAGCAACCCGCCUGCUUUAAUGGGAGACGGGGAUGGGCUACCCCCACACACAUCCCGCCCCCUCCCUCAUGUCCAACAUGCAAAGACUUCCCACCACACACCUAAUCAGGUCAGAGAGGAGACUCAAGGCUCAAACACGUCCUACCACACCUCCAGUAAGGACAGAGAGGAGGGGCGGAGUUCAAACACGUCCUACCACACCCCCAACCAAGACAGAUUGGAGGGGCAGAGCACAGGGACUUCAUCCUGUACAAACAAUCAGGACAGAGAUGACAGGCGGAGCUCAGCGUCAGGAACUCCUGACCAUAAGAGGAAGAGACCCAUGUCUACUGAAGAUGCGAAGAAGAGAAGAACAUGAAAUACGGCUUAGCACACACGCACGCAUACAAACACCUCAAACACACACUUUUACUGCUUAAACAAGACAACAUGAUUUAAUAGAGGGGCAAUUGCAUUUACGUAUGCAUACAUUCAAUUAAUUCUGUAAUCUCGACUGCCUAUCUACAGCAAUUAUAACCCUACACAGGGAAUUUGACCAAAUUAUUUUGCAUUCACAUUGUAACAUUACGAUGCUUUAAGUGGAAAAAGUACUAGGUUUUUGUCUACUGUAAUGCGUUAGGCUGCUUAGCUGCACAUAUGUAUGGGUGGUAGGUACUAGCUUCAUACCAAGGUCACAGAUUAUCGGAUCUGUGGCUGUUAAGGCUGAUCCUGCUAUAUUCACUGACACCUAUAUAGUUGUGAUCGUCUCACCAACCCUCAUGAAACUGAACGACUGACUUUUCCAACACCUUUGGUGAGAACUAUACUUUGACCAGAACACAUGCAGUAUGUACUUUUGAUAUCAUCUGACCCCUAGUCUGGUGGACCCAUACGGACUGCUGCACACACUUUUUUUAUUUUACUUAAAGUCACUUCAUGGGAAGAGAAGCGACAUGUGAAUUAGCCAGAUCAGUCUGGUCCAUCCAGACCUCAAGCCCCGCCUGUAUGUCUAACUCCCUCCCCCACAUAGAGGUGACUCUCUGGCGGCUAUGGCCUGUAGCACUGGGUCCCAACGGCUUGAGCUGCUGGAAAGUUGCAGCCCUAGCCUGUUCCUGGCCCGGUUACGGUAACCCUGGAACAGCUGAGGUCCGUCGUGCUCCUCGGCCUCUGAGCUGAUCUCCAUUUUCUGGAUGAUGAGCUUCAGUAGGUGAUGCUGCUUUUCCAUCACGCUCGAGAUCUCCUUCAGCCUGUAGGAGGUAUGAUGACGGAUAUUGUGAAACGCGGGACCGUCAUGGUUACAGCAUUAUUGUAUUCCAGAAACAUCACUCGGCAAGCUGAGGUUCUGGGUUGUUGAGGCUACCUGUACUUCUGUUUGUUUAUUUCCUCUUCCAGUGGCAGGGCUUGAUUGGUGCCAGGCUUGAAACGAGUAUGUACGGUUCCUCUAGAAUUCCUGAAACAAAAGAUCCUUUUCUGGAAAGAAAAGACAAAACAGCUAGAAGGAGUUUUGAAAAGUAAUCUAAGGCAAGGGAUGACAGUCUUGAGUGUUUUAACUAUAUUUGUUGUAAUAAAUAGUUUGACAUUU